CGGAGCAGCCUGUGUGCUCGUAGCUUCCGUAGGACCAGGAUCAGGCCUGUUGCCCCCCAUUGCCUGAGCUGUCAGCUUGCAUUGACAGGUGCAACUCAGCCGUGAAGCCCCUUUUUUAGCGUGCAGAGUGGACCGCCUGCCUUCUCUGUCUUCCAGGUGAGUAAAGAGGAGCUGUGAACAACGGUCAUGGCCCUGAGGUGCUUUCGACAACUGCAGUCCCUGCUUUACCGGUCUUCGUGUGCAGCGAGGGUGCUGCCGCAGGCUCCCGUAGGCUGCCGGGCCCCGCUCCUGAGUGGCUGCAGGCAGCGUGUCCGUCAGGUGACGCUGACUAGGCAGCUAGCUACCAAAAAAGCUAAAGGUAAAGGGCAGACUCAAGCCAAAGUGAAUAUCAGUGCUGCCUUAGUUGAGGAUAUUAUCAAUUUGGAAGAAACCAAUGAAGACAUGCAGGCGGUGGUAGAAGCCCUGAAAGAGGAUUUCAGCAGAAAUCUCAAUAUUAGAACCUCACCAGGGGCCUUUGAUCACAUAAUGGUGGUGACAAAAGAUGGGAAGUUUCCGCUGAACCAGCUUGGGCAGAUCUCUCAGAAGUCACCUCAGCUCAUUGUAGUGAACAUGACCAGUUUUCCAGAGAGUACAGCUGCAGCUAUGAAGGCUAUAAGGGAAAGUGGAAUGAACCUAAACCCGGAAGUAGAUGGGACAAUAAUUCGGGUACCAAUUCCUAAGAUAACGAGAGAGCACAGGGAGAGCCUCGCUAAGCUUGCCAAACAGUCCACCAACAAAUCCAAAGAUACCUUGAGAAAGGUGCGAAGCAAGAGUGUGACCCAAAUAAAGAAGUUCAAGAACAAAGUGUCCGAAGAUACUAUCUGGCUGCUAGAAAAGCAGAUCCAGCAAAUGGCAGACAGUGCUGCAGCAGAGAUGGACAAGCUGCUGGCAGCGAAGACCAAGGAGCUGCUUGGAUAAACACCAUCCAUAUGGACACACUCCCCCUCCUAGCAAAACUGGACUGCCCCACGCCCCACUGGCCGUUCCUGCCCCGAGUCGAGAAGCCUCCGGUGACGGGCAGGGACAGCUCUCCCAGACCUCCGAGCAGAUCCAUGCUUUGGUCGCUUGGACUGCUGAUCUUCGAUUGUGUUGGAGGGAUGGGAGAGCUCUCCUUGCUUUUAUUUAUUCAGGUGAAGAACAAAAUUAGGUGAAACAAGAUUAAAAAUUAAAUAAGAAAGAUUGGAAGCUGACGGAAGGAUUCCCUCAGCAGAAGCUGACAUGCAGGCUGCCCUCUGCCUCCGGCAUGGAUCCAGCGAGAACUGGCAGGGCUUAAACCAUCCAGUAUUUGACCUCUCCACCGGUUUGCUUCCUACCGGGCCUGCCCAGAGCGCAGCUGCCGCCUCGCCUCGCGCCCCGGCCUGUUUGCCGUUCUGGCAGCUCUCAGCCUAGCAGUGGCAGAAGCAAGGGACGCGCAAGGGGAACCUUCCCUUCCACUGUCCUGCUGUGAACCUGGUCAUAUGUUUUUGCCUAAAAUAAAGUCAAAAUGCGACAUGAGGGAACAGCCUUGAGACAGCCAGUUCCUGGUAGGUCCUUGAGUUCACUCUUCUCAAAAGAGCAUUUGCCCAUUGCCAUUUCCAGCACAAUUUUCUACAGCCUUUCCAGCAAGCGCUCCAGGAAGGCGUGGAGGAGCUCAGCACCAACUGGCGCACACUGCCAAAGCAGACACGGGAGACCAUGGAUUUGCAAUUCCUUAGACUCUGGUGGGUUUUGGGGAUAGAGAACUGAAACUAGUGCUGUCAGCAUGGCUGUUUUUGCCAGGACUAAGCAUGCACAGGAGAACAAAAGCCAGCGCAGGAGCUUUCUGGUGUGGACAUCGGCCCUGCCCAGCCGGCUGCAGCGUGCCUGCGUGUGCCGCUGGUGUCACGUUUUACAGAGCAGAGGGGAGGAGGAGGCAGAAGCAGAACAGGGCCCUGUGCGUGGGGCGCAGCCGAGCUCCUCGCUGUGAGCAGGUACUUGCCGACAGCAGCAAACAGGUUUCCCCGCAGCCUCGCUCAGCGGUGACACAGCGGGACGGCGGUCGCUGGCAGCCCAGCCCCGCUCCCACAGCACGCCGGUUCAGAGACCACUGAGUGCUCUGCAGUCCUCAAAUAAAGAACUCCCAAAAAGUGAGUCUGUGCGCAGCGGGGAGGGGGAGGAGGAUGAAGGAUUUACUCUGCUAGGGCCCCACAUGUCAACAAUUUCUCUGCUUUGUGUAUUUUGGCCAAAGCGCCUACCAUGAUAAAUGAAUAAAGGAAAAUGGUGAGCCCA